AAUCUUGUAUUUUAGUGUAAUAUAUGUUGUGCUACUUAGUUUAGAUUAGUAAUAUAAUUACCUCAGGAAGUAGCGGUGAUACUGGUGCCAAGAAGUGUUUGUUACGGCUACAUUUUCUGGCGAAAAUGAAUCGCCAUGAAGGAGUCAGCUGUGAUUCUUGUUUGAAAAACAACUUUAGAGGACGGCGAUACAAAUGUCUGAUUUGCAUUGACUACGACUUGUGCGCUGCCUGCUACGAGUCCGGUGCCACCACGAACCAACACACUACAGAGCAUCCCAUGCAGUGUAUCCUCUCUAGGAGUGAUUUUGACUUAUACUAUGGAGGAGAAGCUCUGGCCCUGGAGCAGCCGCAGGCGUACACAUGUCCAUUCUGCAACCGCAUGGGGUUCACGGACACCACCCUCAUAGAGCAUGUCACUGCAGAACAUGCUGAUACUACACUCGCUGUAGUGUGCCCAGUAUGUGCAUCAAUUCCCGGCGGAGAACCAAACUUUGUAACCGAUGACUUUGCUGGCCAUCUCACCUUGGAACAUCGAACUGGACCCAGAGACCUCAUUUCAUUCCUGCACGAUGAACCGAGCGGCAUUAGACACGGCGGCGUACGCCGCAUACCUCACACAGGUCGCGGCUUGGGUCGCGGUCGCCGCGCUAACAUGCAGUUCAGCACGGGCGGCGGGAUCUCGUCGCUGUCGCCGUCGUCACGCGACGCGGUGGUGGACCCGAUCGCGGAGCUGUUGUCGCAGCUGUCGGGCGUGCGCCGCGGGCCCGGCCAGCCCGGCACGCCCAGCCAGCUGCAGCAGCUGCAGAUGCAGCUCCAACUCGAACGCCAGCAAGCCACCGCGGCUCGUCAGCAAUUGGAGCGGCUGCCGCGGCGGCCGGCAGCGGCGUCGUCGUCGGGAGGCGCGGCCGCCGCGCCCCCGCCCGCGCCGCAGCCCACGCAGCAAGCACCGCCGCCUCAGGAUAACACUGAGUCACAGCUGCUGCUAUCAGGAUUCCUGGACGAUACGAGCGCCCCGGCGGGCGCGGAGGCUGAGUCGCGGGCGGCGCUGUUGCGCGGGCUGGUGCUGGCGUCCCUCGGGCGGCCGCCGCCGGUGCGCGCGCCGCCGCCUGCGCCCCGCGCGCCCCCGCAGCCCGCGCCGCAGCCCCUCGCCGACGCGCCCCCCGCCGCCGCACAGCCGCUGCCGCGCGCCAAGCCGCAACCAAGAACUAAGGAGACGGCGGCGCGCGCGCACGCUGCGGCGCGACAGCUGCCGGAGGGCAGGUAGGAGUGCGUCGGGCCGAGCAGCCGUCCGCACGCCCGCCCGCGGGCCGGCCCUUCCGGCGGGGGCCCUCCCCGGCCGCCCGGCGACCCGCCUGCGCCCCCCUCUGCGGCGCCCCCACCCGGCCGAGACACUUAGGAGCGCCGACCGCAGCCUCGCUGUCCGACAACACAACGACACCGCGACACCGCCACCUGUGCGAAGGCCGCUCUCUACCGCUCGUGAGUCCCGCGGCGGCGUGCGCCUGCCGCCGACGUGUUACAAAUCUCCAGUGAAGCGAGCCGCCGCCGGGCGGUCGGCCCGCGCUGCACCGCCCUCGACAAACAGCGGUAGAUGAAACUAUUUAAUGUUUAUUCGUUAGAUAUUAUGGUAGUCUAUGUAAUAUUAUUUAUCCAUGCCGCGAGCUCGGACCCGAGCGAUUCCGGUUAUAUUGCACUUAAGGGGUAAAGUUUGUGGCCGUCGAUGUUAUUAGUGAGUAUCCGUUGUAAAUAUGGAGUCACAGGCACGCCGCAUCCGCCACGGGUCUGAUCGGCGAUGCACCGUCAACUGAACUUGUUUUAUUGUUUUUCGCUAACUUCUAGUAGUCUUAUUAGUGAAUGCUUAUGUUUGUUUUGUCGGCUUUCGAAAUAUCAGUGUGAAUUCCUUUAUAGUAUAAUAAUUGUCAAAUAUGGAAUGUUUUAAACGUUCUAUGUCUUUCAUGGAAAUUGAUUAUGCAGUUUUGCUAUGUUAUGAAUUCAGUUAACGAUAUUAAGAGAGGAGUAUUUUACAACUUUAACUAUUUUGUAAUAUAUAUUUUAACAUAGAAUUAACUAUUACAUAUAGUUCCUUGAUUUUUUUUAAUGAAUUUAUUUAUCAUGUAUAAUAUAGCAAAGCGAAAUCAAAAUAUUUACAACAAUAAUAAAAAGACGGCUCCUCUCUAAAUUUUAUAUGUAUACAUUUUAUAAAUAUUAAAGAGUCAGGUGACUUACUCACAAAUUUUGAAUAGCUACUCAAAAAGUGCUUAUUAGUUUGAUUAUACUCCAACAUUACAAAAUGUUUGUAUGUACCCUAAUUAAAUUCUAUAAUAUUAAAA